GUUUGAUAGAUUGCUCCUUUUUCCAAUGUAACGGUCCGUCCCGCUCCAUCUAUUUCCCUCCCACAAUUCAUCAAAUUCAAGCGUUACUUUUUUCUCUGAGGAACCUUUUUCAUUUUACGGCUUUUUCCAUCAAAUCCCAAACGCAAUGGCCUAUCUAUAAACAGUAUUUCGAAUCUCUCACUCUAUCAUCCAAAAACCUUAUCAAAAACCUGAGAAUUACUUCUUGUAAAUUCACAAUGUCUAGGAACUGCAACGAUAGGAGCGCUAACAUAGAAACAACUUGCGGAUUGUUGCUAUUGGAAUUGCAGAAAAUAUGGGACGAAGUGGGAGAGAAUGACGCUCAAAGGGAUAAAAUGUUGUUUGAGAUCGAAGAAGAAUGCCUAGAGGUUUAUAGACGAAAAGUUUUUGAGGCAAACAAGAGUAGAUCUGAAUUGCAAGGGGAAAUUGCUUUGGCUGAAGCGGAAAUUGAGAAUAUCUGCUCUGAAUUGAGUGAGAAGCCAGUAAGAUAUGAGCAUAAGGCUAAUAAAAAUUUGAACGAAAAGAUUCAAAUUAUUAAUCCUCUGCUAGAGGAAAUGCGGAAGAGAAAGGCAGAGAGGAAAAAACAAUUUGCUGAAGUUCUAGAUGCACUAAAGAACAUUUCGAAAGAUAUUUUCGGUUCUGCAAAAGAUAAUUUAUACGAGAUGAGUAUGGAUGGGGCUGACCUGUCUCUGAAAAGACUAGAGGAAUUACAGAAUCAGUUACGCGAUCUUCAAAUUGAGAAGAGCAACCGUUUGAGGCAAUUACUUGGUCUUUUAGACACUUUAAACUCCUUGUGUGAGGUGCUUGGUAUGGAUUUCAAAUACAUAUUACACGAGAUCCAUCCAACUCUGGAUGAUAGCAAAGAAUCGAAAGACAUAACAGAUUAUACAAUUGAGGGGUUGACUGCUGCAAUUCAAAGUUUGCGAGAUGUCAAGAUAGAGAGAAUGCGGAGGCUUCAAGGUCUUGGAACUGUCCUCCUAGAGCUAUGGAAUUUGAUGGAUACUCCAAUAGAGGAGCAGCAGGUGUUUCAGGAUGUUACCAGUAGUGUUUUUGCUUUAGAACCUGCAAUUACAGAGCCUAAUAUGCUUUCCAUGGACUUAAUUAACCAUGUCGAGGAUGAAGUCGUAAGGCUCAACCAGCUCAAAUCAAGUAAAGUGAAAGAGCUUGUUUUAAAGAAGAGGUUGGAACUAGAAGAGAUAUGUCGGAAUGCUCACAUGGUAGCACAAGUAUUUAGUGCAACAGAAUAUUCGAAUGAAGCUGGAGUGGACCCUGUGCAUCUGCUUGAAGAGAUGGAACUCGAAAUUGUAAAGGUUAAAGAGGAAGCUUCUAGCAGGAAGGAAAUACUUGACAAAGUGGAGAAAUGGUUGACAGCAUGCGAGGAAGAGUCAUGGCUCGAGGAGUAUAACAGGGAUAACAAUCGUUAUAAUGCGGGAAGAGGUGCACAUCUUACCUUGCAACGUGCCGAAAAAGCUCGUGCAGCUGUUAACAAAAUCCCUGCAUUGAUGGAGGCAUUGACUUCAAAAAUCAAAGCAUGGGAGAAAGGACGAGGGAUUCAAUUCUUAUAUGAUGGUGAACGGCUCCUUUCUAGGCUUGAACAGUACAGCAACCUAAGGAAAGAGAAGGAACGAGAAAGGAUAAGACAAAGAGACCAGAAGAAACUUCAGGACCAGCUGAUAGUAGAGCAGGAAGCACUUUUUGGGGCAAAACCCAGCCCAUCAAAUAGUGGAAGGAAAGUUUCUAGAACUUCAGUAGAAUUUGCAAGUAAUCGGAAACUCUCCCUUGGUGGAGCUAUGCUUCAAAACUUAAAAGCCGAAAAAACAUCAGCUUGCGUGCAUGCAAAUAAGAAGGUUAACUGUUUGAAUCAAAACAACUAUUUGAGUUACCAGCAAAAUGGUGGUUCUGGUAGGAGAAACUCAGAGAUUGCUGGUCAUUUAGUAAAGAAGGACUCUUCUGCAAAGCCACGCCAAACUGACUCACGCUUGAUUAGGAAGCCCCUUUCUCCAAUUCCUUUAACAAUGUCUUCUCAGGCCAACAUAGCAAACUUCCUGGAAGAACAGAAAGGAUUGCAAGAUGGAACAUCUGAGACAGCAGCUCCUUGUAUUAAGACACCAAUACGGACACCUACGAAGCCUGUAUCUGGCGUAGGUGAAGAAAACAGAACUCCCAAAACACUUCCGACUAUAGUGCCAACAACUCCAACAACCACGUCAGCUCCUAUGCUGAUGUCAACACCAUCUACCCCAUACGUUUCGUCGUCUGUUAAAACAGCAAGAAGUGUUGCGGAACGAAUCGAAUACUCGUUUGAAGAGUUAAGAGUUGGAUUGACCUGUCCUGUUUGAAAGUUUCAGCAACUAUAAAAGAAUUUUAAUUAUUUUUGUGAAUUUCUUUUCAGGUCAAUUUAAAUCGACUCUUUUUAUAUAUUAUUAGAUUUGUUGCUUUGCUGGCUGAUGGAAUUUGGCUCUUGUAUUAAAAUACUAAUACAUAGGAUUUUUUCUUUAUGCCUGAAAAUAUGAGUUCUCGUAAAUUCUGGUA